CCCGGUCACCUGCUUACCUGAUCGGUUGUUGAUCUGGUAUUGAUCCCAGCUUCAGGUGUUGGUCCUGUCGGUGUGUCAGACGGUUUAUUGGCUUCUCCUCCUGUCAGGCGUAGAACCAUGCUUCGUUUGAGGGCGGCUGUGUGUCGGACGUGGAGGGGGUUUCAGACGUUCUCCUCUGCAGCUGUGGAGGUGAAGAAUGAGCCGGUUCUGGGCUUCAGAAAAGGAAGUGCAGAGAGGACAGAGCUGCUGAAGGCCUUGGACAGCCUGAUGGGGAGGACAGAGGAGAUCCCAUGCGUGGUCGGGGAUGAGCAUGUGUGGACCAAAGACAUCCGAUACCAGCUGUCUCCGUUCAAUCACUCGCAAAAAGUGGCAAAGUUCUGCUACGCUGACAAGGAGCUGAUUAACAAAGCCAUUGUGGCGUCCGUAGCAGCGAGGAGGGAGUGGGAUCUGAAGCCCAUCCAGGACAGAGCCAAUAUCCUCUUCAAAGCAGCUGACGUCAUCAGUGGCCCUAAAAGAGCGGAAAUCCUUGCUAAGACCAUGAUCGGACAGGGAAAGACCGUGGUCCAGGCAGAGAUCGAUGCUGCUGCAGAGCUCAUCGACUUCUUCAGGUUCAACGCCAAACACGCCAUCGAGCUGGAGAAACAGCAGCCCAUUGACGGUGGGGAAAGCACCAACACCAUGAUCUACCGCGGCCUAGAGGGCUUCGUCGCAGCCGUCGCUCCCUUUAACUUCACGGCUAUCGGUGGGAAUCUGGCCGGGACCCCGGCUCUGAUGGGGAAUGUAGUCCUGUGGAAGCCCAGUGAUGCGGCCGUGUCUGCCAGCUACGCCGUCUACAGAGUCCUCAGGGAUUGUGGGCUGCCUCCCAAUAUCAUCCAGUUUCUGCCGGCCGAUGGGCCCGUGUUCGGGGACACCAUCACGUCUUCUGAGCACCUGGCAGGAAUCAACUUCACCGGCAGCGUCCCGACAUUUAAGCAUCUUUGGAAACAAGUGGCUAAGAACCUGGACACCUACAGAACCUUCCCCCGCCUGGCAGGAGAGUGCGGCGGGAAGAAUUUUCACUUUGUCCACAGGUCUGCGGACGUGCAGAGCGUGGUGGCGGGGACGAUCCGCUCGGCCUUCGAGUACGGCGGCCAGAAGUGUUCGGCCUGCUCCAGGAUGUACGUCCCCGACAGCUUAUGGCCACAGAUCAAACAGCAACUGCUGGACAUUCACAAAGAGAUCAAAGUGGGAGACCCUGUUGAAGACCUCAACACCUUCUUCUCAGCAGUGAUUGAUAAUAAAUCGUUCAGUCGAAUAAAGAAGUGGCUUGAUCAUGCCAAGUCCUCCCCGAACCUGGAGAUCAUCGCUGGGGGGAAGUGUGAUGAUAAGAAGGGCUACUUUGUGGAGCCGACCAUCAUUGAGACCAGAGACCCACGGGACGCCAUCAUGAGUGAGGAAAUCUUUGGCCCUGUUCUGACCGUCUACAGCUACCCUGAGAACAGCUACCGAGAAAUUCUGCAGCUGAUCGAUAGCACGUCUCCGUACGCGCUAACAGGAGCCGUGUUUGCUGAGGACCGGAACGUUCUUGAUGAAGCAGCUCAAGUCCUCAGGAAUGCUGCAGGAAACUACUACAUCAAUGACAAGUCCACCGGCUCCAUCGUCGCUCAGCAGCCGUUUGGUGGCGCCAGAGCUUCAGGCACCAAUGAUAAACCUGGAGGUCCUCACUAUGUGCUGAGGUGGACGUCGCCACAGGUGGUGAAGCAGACCCACGUCCCCCUCCGAGGGUGGAGGUACCCCUACAUGGACUGAAGGUCCGAUUAGAGCCUGUUGAUUCUCUCAUCUCAACCUUGACAGAACCUUUGCACUGAACCUGGACAUGAAUGUAUGAUCGUCUUCCAUCCACAGCUGGAGCGCGUGUUACAGGCCAUGGCUCCGCUGAAACCUUUGUAUCGACUGGUUCUUUGUGUGACGAGGGAUUGUUUUAGGCCAAAUAUCAGUAAAUUUAAUACUUUUUGUUUGUUCCAGUGAAAUUUAAAUCUUUUAGGUGGAUAUUAGAAUCUUUUGGCGUCAUAUUGAUUUCUUUUAUUUAAAUGAGUUUUAUUUGUAUGUGAGGAGAUGUUUUCCUGCUUUCAGUGGACUUAAUCCAGAACAGAACCAACUGUGUUGAAAGUUUCUGCUGGUUUUAUUUGUCUUUUAAAACCUGCCAUAUUCACAUCAUUAAUAUUUCCCAAUAAAUACUAAGUUAUUAAUAAAACUAGUUAUUUUCAGCUGUGACUUUAACUCUCAGCAGGAAGCUGACAUCAUUGGUGGAGCUGAGUUUAACCCCUGGUCUUUGCUUUGUCCUCAUCUGCAUUUGUUUGUGACUUUUCUCCAUCACAUUUAAAACCUGUGUAGUGUGCGUUGACCAUGUUGACAGCCUGAAGCAGACCAGUGGCUUUUCCAGUUUCCUCCUGGAGAUGAAAAUGUUCAGCUUUGGUUUCCCCACCAACUGGACCCUCUUAUUGCUCGGGUCGACCGUUCACACGGCCGCUCCUUUCUCAACAUGGAAGCCACGGACACAUAGUCAUGUAAAAAUACACUGAAGGCAAACUGUGUUCCGCUCCAUUAAAAAAUUAAGUUGUCAUUUCAUCUAAUCGUUUAAUAAAUAAUGACUUGUUUUUCUCUGUGA